GCGAUGCUGCGCGCGAUGUAAAUAUGCGCAUUCGUUAGCUAAUCCUCGUAAACGAUGGAAAGUGAUGACAUAAGGGUCACAGCAUCGUCGGCCUUGUUUAUAGAAGCACCAGCGGGUGUAAAGUUACAGGUGCCCAGUGUUUUUCUCAACACUGGCGCAAUGGGUUGUAAUUCUUCGAACGUCGUCAUGGCAACGGCACCUGCAGCUGAAGUGGUGCCAAACGUUGCAGAUUGUCCGGCCAUCAACAUCAACGUCCCGGUAAUCCCAGAGAACACGGGAGUUAUAAGCAGCAGUAAGGAAGCCGACAUGGCCAGCCAGGAGAGCUCUCAAGACAGCACGCCCGUAAUGUCGGUGCCGCAGUUCCCGGCGACGGAGAGCCAACAACGCCUGCAGACGGGAAAGAGCUCGUCAGAAUCCAUCGAGCGGAGAGGGAAGGUGGCGCUGCUGCCGCGCCACUCGCUCAUGGACUGGGUGCGGCUCGGAAACAGCGGCGUCGACUUGGCGGGCGUCGGCGGCAACCGUCUGAGCGUGACUCCGGAGCAGCUGGCGCGGCACAAUGCGCCCGACGACUGCUGGAUGUGCCUGAAGGGCACCGUCUACAACGUGACGCCCUACAUGCAGUAUCACCCGGGCGGAUCCGACGAGCUGAUGCGCGGCGCGGGCCAGGACGCGCUCGACCUCUUCAACGAGGUGCACCGCUGGGUGAACAUCGAGUCGAUGCUCAGCAAGUGCCUCGUCGGCCGCAUGGUCGGCAGCCCCGCACGCAGCAAGCCCAACUUCCGGCUCUACAAGCCGCGCAACGAGUACUCGGUGUCGGCUUCGGAGGAGUCGCUGCUGUCGAUCGAGAAGCGCCUGCCGCUGCGGAACGCGCCGACGGCGACGUCCCCCGCCAAGCCACACUAUGAGUGGUGGCAGCGCGACGACGUGCUCGUCGUCGUCGUGUACACGCGCUGCGAGGGCUUCGAGCGCGACCUCGUCGUCGUCGAUCGGCGGGGUCGCGACCUGCGCGCGCUCUUCCGCGUGCGCGACCGCACGUACGAGAUCCACCUCGAGCUGGAGGGCGCGCUGAGCGAGGACGACGAUGAGCACGCGAUCCGCGUCGACGCGCGCGGCCGCGUCGAGAUCACGCUCACGAAGGCGCCGCCGGGCGCCGUGUGGCCGGAUGUCGGGCAGCCGCUGUGCGGGCACACGUCGUGGGACAAGACGGCGGCGCGUGAGCCGCACUACUGGGACUGCGAGGUGCUGUCGUCGCGGCGCGUCAGCCACGACACGCUGCUCAUCGGCGUCGGGCUGCCUGCCGGCUGCCGCAUGCGCGUGCCCGUCGGCCGGCACGUGUUCGUCACGGCGACGGUCGACGGCGUGGAGGUGAGUCGGCCGUACACGGCCGUGCUGCCCUCGCUCGACCCCGCCGCGCAGGACCCGCGCGUCGCCGCCGGACGCGCGCUCUACCUCGUCGUGAAGGUGUACGACGACGGCGCGCUGACGCCAAUGUUCGGCCGGCUCGUGGCCGGCGACGCGCUGCGCGUCUCGUCGUUCGACGGCCGCUUCUCGGCGUCCCGUCUCGAUGGAUGCACGCAUCUCGUGAUGUUCGCCGCCGGCACGGGCAUCACGCCGAUGAUACGCCUCAUCUACCGCGCGCUCGAGGAAAGCGACGGCGACGACGAUGCGGCGCCCGCUGUCACGCUCGUGUUCUUCAACAAGACGGAGGCGGACAUAGUCUGGCGGAAGGACUUCGACGCGCUUGCGUGCCGCAAGCCGGGCCGGUUCGGCGUGCACCACGUGCUCUCGCAGGCCGGUGACGGCUGGACGGGCGAGCGCGGGCGCGUCGACGCCGCUAUCGUGCGUCGCGUCCUGCCCGCGGUGCUGUCGGACAGCAGCAAGCUGCUCGUCUGCGUGUGCGGCCCGACGCCGUUCACGAACGCCGCCGUCGAUAUCCUGCAGCAGCAGGGGCUCGGCGACCAGCUGCACGCGUUCCAGUCCUAGGCUGAGGCGAGGUGUGGAUGUGGACGUGCUGCCGUCACUAGGCCUAGGCUGUGACGCGGUCCCAGCCAUGAUCCUAGCCGCGGUCCCAGCCGUGGUCCUAGCCGCAGUCCUAGCCGUGGUCUUAGUCGCGGUCCCAGCCGUGGUCCCAGCCGCGGUC